AGGUCAUGGCGAAGUCACGAGAUUGGAUGCUUGGCCGUUGAUUGGCCCAAUACAAGUAAGUUAGGAGCCAUCCUGCGAGAUGUUGCCCAAUCCGGUUAUAGCUUACUACAAAUUUCCGCUUACUACAAUUGUCAUCUUACUACAGCUUCUAGCUCGCCCCGGUGGCUGCGACUGGCCUCCUUUGGUCAGUUCGUGCUAUUCACGUCAGGGCGCGCUGACAGAGCAUUUCGGGCGUCGAACAAUUGCCCUGUUGCCCUGCGCUCAUCUCACUCCUUGGUAUUCUUGUGUGUUGGGUUGACUGUCUUCCGUUGAUCUCGCUCGUUCGCUACUGCUUAUGGGGUGCCCCCAAUAAUAACCGACGAUCAAUCACGCCUAUUACAGUCAUUGCAACAGGGAGGGGUGAUUCCAUUAGGAAAUUCUUGAAAAUUCUCAUAAUGCCAUUGAUAAGCAUACAAAAUCGGCUUAUGUUACUACAUCUACCU